AUGUUCGGGAUAACGGAUUAUUUCGUUUUCUUCUGUACAAUCGGUGUAUCAUUCGGUAUUGGGAUUUUCUUUGCAAUAUGGGAAAGAAAGAAAAAUACGCCAGUGAACUACUUUCUCGCGGGCAGGAAUUCGAAGACGUGGCCAGUGGCACUAUCUUUUAUUGUCACGUUUCAGUCAUCUCUAAUGGUUCUUGGAUAUCCGGCGGAAGGAUACGCAUAUGGCAUCGGAAUAGCAUAUAACGUUCUGGGAACCAGUAUCGCCUUUAUAUUCAGCGCUUUCUUUAUCGUUCCGGUAUUUCAUCCAUUAAAGUUAACAAGUGUUAAUGAAUACUUCAAGCUUCGGUAUGGAAACAAUUCUGUCAGGUAUAUGACUUUAAUUGCAGGAAUACUUUUUAGUUUAUUCUACAUGGCAAUAGUAAUGGUCGGCACAUGUGUUGCACUCGAAGUCGUCCUAGGGAUUCCUUUUUGGGGAACUAUACUCAUCUAUACAAUUGUGACAACUAUUUACACGGCGGUAGGUGGAAUUAAAGCCGUGAUCUGGACGGACGUUUUCCAGCUGAUUGUUAUGGUAACCGGAAUGAUUGCCGUUCUUGUGAAAUCAACCGAAGGAGCCGGCGGGGUAGAAAGUGUGUUUAAAAAUGCUAAAGAUAGAAUUGGCUCGACAAGUUUUGUAUUUGACCCGACCGUUCGCUACCAAAUGUGGAAUUCAACGUUCGGAUUAUUCAGUGCGUAUUUAUAUUUCACAUUGAUGCAACCGGCAAUGCAACGAGUUUACUCAACACCAACCGUGCAGAGUGCUCGUAAUCUGUAUUUUAUCUCAACACCGUUUUUCUGUGCUUUUCAACUAAUGGCAUCAUUUGAAGGUAUAACAAUAUUUGGAUAUUUUGUGGGAAAACGCUGUGAUAUUCUAGAGGCAGGGAUUAUAGAUAACAUUAAUGCAAUUCUGCCUUUUGCAGUUCUAGACUUAUUCCAAAACAUCCCGGGUUUAGCUGGAUUAUUCACCGCUUCGUUAUCUAGUGCUGCUCUCUCUACGAUGUCAUCUUGUUUAAGCAGUCUUUCAGCCGUGACGUAUGAGGAUAUCAUCAAAGUAAAGUUUCCAAAUAUGCCGGCAUUCCGUGCAACUCAGUUGUCCAAAAUGAUUGUACUAAUGUAUGGUCUAAUAGCAUUAGGACUUGCGUUCGGUGUGUCAGCCAUUCCGGGUUCCGUCGUCUCCAUAUUUGUUAGUUUUAUGGGUUGUUUUGAUGGUCCAUUAGUUGCAACAUUUUUGUUAUCUAUUAUGUUUAGAAGAGCCACAGCCAAAGGAGUGAUUACCGGAGCAAUAUGUGGAUCUGUUAUCGUGUUUUGGAUAAAUAUAGGCAAUCGCUUUUCAGGUGUGCCGCCAUAUCCAUAUCUACCACCGGGCCCAACUGACCAAUGUGACGCAUAUUUAAAACCCGGGUACCAAAAUAUUUCAGACUCUUUCAUCCAUCCAUUAUCACUCAACAUGACUCCGACCUCUUUUACUCAAUCAUUGACUUCUAUGACGUCAACAGAAGCAUCAUCAUCAACAACAACAACCUCAAUCAUGUCAUACUCAAUACCAAAAGAUACCGGUAGCUCAUCCAUACUAGAAAAGAUUUACAGCAUUUCUUAUCAGGUACUCUCCCUUGUUGGCAUGGUAACGACUCUUGUUAUAAGUGCUACUGUCAGUUUGUGCACCCGUCCUCCUAAGUCUAUUGACGAAAGGUGUUUAUUCUCGUUCAGGAAACAUAUAUUAGAGAAUAAUUGUUGUAAAAAGGCAGAAUUAAACGAAGACACGGGCUUAGAGGAGGAUACAAAGUUCAUGGAAUGA